AUGAUAGCAAUAAAAUCUGCUACAUGUAUUACUGGUACUGUUGCCCGGAGUUUUAUGCCUGUUACAUCUAACACUGCAGCACACCGCUGGUAUUCAUGUGAUACUUCUAAAAAGUUUGAUAUUGUCGUAAUUGGUGGUGGUAUUGUUGGUGCUGCUUCUGCAAGAGAACUUAGUCUGAGGCAUCCAUCAUUAAAUAUUGCAUUAGUUGAGAAGGAAAACCGUUUCGCCUACCAUCAGAGUGGAAAUAACAGUGGUGUGAUUCAUGCUGGUAUUUAUUACAAGCCUGGAUCAUUGAAAGCUAAAUUAUGUGUACAAGGCAUGGAAUUAGCUUAUAAAUACUGUGAUGAAAAAAAUAUAAAAUAUUUAAAAUGUGGCAAACUGAUAGUGGCCACUGAAAGGCAUGAGAUACCUAUAUUAUUAGAUUUGUAUGAUAGAGGAAUACAAAAUGGUGUUAAAGAUUUGCAGCUACUAGAAGGAAAUGAAAUAAGAGAAAUAGAACCUCUCUGUAAGGGGUUACAGGCAAUAUGGUCUCCCAAUACUGGAGUUGUGAGUUGGGCAGAGGUUACAGAUUCCUAUGUAGAUGACUUCAAAAAAUGUGGUGGCACAACUAAUCUAAACUUUGAAGUAAAGAGGUUUUCAGAAUCUGAAAAUGCGGAAUAUCCUGUUGUUAUAUCAGAUAACAAAUCUAAUAACAUUUCUGCAAAGUAUGUUCUGACAUGCUGUGGCCUACAUUCCGAUACAGUGGCUGUUUUAACUGGAUGUCCUGAAGAGCCUAAAAUCAUACCUUUUAGAGGUGAAUAUUUAUAUCUAGUCCCAAGCAAAAGUAACUUGGCAAAAGCUAACAUUUAUCCUGUACCUGACCCAAGAUUUCCUUUUCUUGGUGUUCAUAUAACUCCUAGAAUAGAUGGACGUGUAAUUUUGGGUCCAAAUGCAAUAUUAGCUUAUUGUAAAGAAGGAUAUAAAUAUAGUGAUGUGAAUAUGAAUGACUUGAAAGAUAUUUUAGCGUUUUCUGGUUUUCGGAAACUAGCAAUGAAAUACGCGAGUUUUGGAGUUAAAGAAUUAGCAAGAUCAAUAUUUCCUUCAUUGCAAGUAAAACAGGUACAAAAAUACAUUCAGGAGAUUACAUCUGCUGAUGUGGAGAAAGGUCCUUCUGGUGUACGAGCACAAGCAAUGGCUAAAGAUGGAAGUUUAAUAGAAGAUUUUGUGUUUGAUUCACAACCUGGUUCUGGUGCGAUAGGAAGUCGAGUUUUACAUUGCAGAAAUGCACCUUCACCUGGAGCCACUUCAUCGCUCGCUAUCGCGAAAAUGAUUGCUGAUAAGAUGGAAAGUGAGUUUAAGUUUAAAAUCUGA